AUGGUGCACGGAGACCCCAGCUACCAGUACGGCCGCGAUGGAAAGGGUGGGCUGGACAUUCAACGACAGACGAUGCGGAAACAUCAACAUUCCAUCAAGCAUGAGGCGUCAGUGGACCGCCAACAGCUACGUGACGGCAAGAAUGCUGCUCAGAAGUCGAUUGUCGACUUCGAGAACGGUGACUUCAUGGCAGAGAUGGGCACGCCCGACAUGCCCCUGAAGGAUUCCGGCACCUACUACAGCGAGGAAGCUUUGGCCGCAAAGGAUGCAGCAGAGGCCUACCCCGACCUUGACAUCGUCGACCAUGUCGUCCGUUCCUUAGCGGAGCUCCUUGGACGGUCGGGCAACUUCCACCUACGCUUCAAAGAGCUGCAGCAGGUGCUGUGUGAAACUAACCUGGAGUUGCAAGGCAUCCACAGCGUCAGGUGGCUUUCACGUGGUCUGGCGGUGCAGCGACUGGCUGACAACCUUCCAGCUGCUGUCAUACUGUUGUACGAGAACGACCCGAAGGCGUACCUCCUUGUAACCAGUUUGAAAUUCCAUUUCAUGCUGUUUUUCUUGGCUGAUGUGUUGAAGGAACUCAACGCACUGAACCUCAAGUUCCAGCGACGACAGGUCGACGUGACACACGUGCUGCAGAUGGUGGACAACACUAGGCUCACCCUCCGCAACCGUUACCUGAGUGACGCGGACGACUUCGGAGAUGGGAGCAACGAGCUGAGCGCCUUCUUGUCGAAGCAUGCCUCGUCGGACAAAAGGGAGGUGAAGGUGACGGGCACCGACUCGACUGGCGCCCCGACUACUCAUGAGUACACCCUCCAUGAACAGAAAAUCAAGGGUCAGACAUCUGGCCCGGGCCUGGACGACUGCAUCACACUGGCGACGGGUUCGUGA